AGGGCAUGACCCAGAUUCUAUGAAAAAGUUGAGGUCAUCAUGGUUGUUGCGGUCAUUAAUGGGGUUUUAUUUUGAAAGCACCUGACAGGAAGCAGUACUGCAUGUCUCCAAUAACUCUCCUGAGUCUCCAGCAGUCUGUAAAGUCCGGACUCUGUGACUGGACGUGUCUGAUCCGGAUCAUGGGCUCAUUCUGUCGCGGGUACCUCCACCUUCUGCUCUAACCUCCAGCUCCAGCCGCGGAGCUCCAACAUGCUGCCGCCGGGAAACGACUCCUCCGGCUGGGCUGAACUUUCAGAGUUGAACCGGUCCGAGGUCGCGGGCAGCGCGGCGGAGAGCGGCGGGGCCGGGCCGGAGGCGGUGAUCGUGCCGGUGGUUUUCGGGCUGAUCUUCGUGGUUGGGGUUGUGGGGAACUCAUUGGUGAUGGUGGUGAUCGGGAAGGUGAGGUACACGGGCGGCGGGGGAGGAGGAGGGUUGAAGCCCUCCAGCAGCCCCACCAACAUCUUCAUCCUGAACCUGAGUGUAGCGGACCUCAGCUUCCUCCUCUUCUGCGUCCCCUUCCAGGCCACCAUCUACUCCCUGCCGGAGUGGGUGUUCGGAGCCUUCAUCUGUAAGUUUGGGCACUACUUCUUCACCGUCAGCAUGCUGGUGAGCAUCUUCACUCUGGUGGCCAUGUCCGUGGACCGCUACAUCGCCGUGGUGCUCUCCAACAAGUCUGCGUGCGUCAGGAGCCGCAGAAACGCGCUGGCUGGAGUGUGCGUAAUUUGGACACUGUCUCUGGUGUGCUCGGUGCCUGUGGCGCAGCACCAGAUCCUCACGAAUCACCCCAAAGCCCCCAACAGUACCUUCUGCUGGGAGAGGUGGUCCGGAGCCUCCAAGCCCGCCUACAAGGUGACCAUCCUGGUGAUCGGGUACCUGCUGCCGCUGCUGCUCAUUAGCUGCUGCUACGCCAAGGUUUUGUUUCAUCUUCAUAAAAAGAUGAAGAACAUGUCCAAGAAGUCUGAACGCUCCAAAAGAAAGACGGCUCAGACAGUUCUCCUGGUCGUCACCGCCUUCACCAUCUGCUGGAUGCCCCAUCACAUCAUCGCCAUGUGGGUGGAGUUUGGCCGUUUUCCCCUGAAUGACGCCUCCUUCGCCUUUCGCAUCGUCUCCCACUGCCUGUCUUAUGGAAACUCCUGCGUCAACCCCGUCCUCUACGCCUUCCUGUCCGAGAACUUCCGCAAGGCCUGCCGUCAAGUCUUCACCUGCCGCUUUCUGUACUCGACGCCCCCCAACAGCAAGGUGGUUCGCUUCCGCACGGAGAACUUCUCGACAACACACUCUACCACACACUCCACCUCCAACAUUUGAAGGAUGGAGGAGGAUAAACAGAUUUAUGACGAGAGCACGAUUGUUUUUUUCUGGUGAAAACGAGCAGGAGAGCUGUGUUUGACGUGAUCAUUGGCUGACUGUACUUACUGAUAUCUGUGGGCACAGGAUGGAUGUUAGUAUCAGAACACUUCUGGGUUCUGUCUGUAGCGUGAGCAGUGUGAGCAGUGUCAUGUUUCAGUGAGCUUUGACUGUGAAGAAAACAGUCACUAACAACAAAAAGGGACAGAACGCAUCUGGCAUAAAGCAAUCCUGGAGCCCAUCGGCAGCUUUAACUAACGUCUUGAAACAGAUAUCCUGAAAGCAGGUUCCGCCUCUUUGUCUGUUACUAGAUCAACUGAAUAUUAAGCCUGGUACCAUACAGUUUCAAAAUCUCAAAUGUUUUUGAAAAUGUUAGAGUCCACACAUGACGACAAAUCAUGACAGAUUUAACGGUUCAGUUUUUAUAGUGUGUGGUCAGCAACGAGGCGACCAUCUCAGCACACCUCACACUCACAGACUCAUUCACCAACAACCAGAGUCUCCACUCUCAAAACAUGUAAUCUUGCGCGGUCGCUUAAGCGUAAACAAACAUGAUGGUCAAGCUAAAUGUGGCUAGCUGUUAGCUACCUGGUCAUACAAAUUAUACAAACUCAUUUCCUUGUCAGUUGGAUUGAGGUUUGUUGUAUAAACACUCAUAUUGUUGCCACAAAUCAACCAGUUGAACCAUUUCUGACUUCCACCUAACUUUAUGCUUUGCGAUUGCUUUCGUUGCCAUGGUUACAUUUGUUGUGCUUCCUGCUUUAGUCAGCUUGCUUCCUGAUUGGCUAUUGUUCCGUUCCACGUGACAAUUAAUAAGUAACAAGUAAAUUAUUAUUCAAGAUUUCAAAUCAGGACAGCCCGAUCGUCUUCUGAGCAGAUUAGGGAGGGUAAAUAUCACUCUUAACGCACGUCACACCACAUGAGAACCUGACGAGGAAACAUUUGGAACCAUCAGAUAAUCUGGCCUUUGCAGACUUUUGUAGGAAGAGGGAAUCAGGCCAGAAAUCUGCUCGAUUAUCUUGUAGUGUGUACCCCGCGUUAGGUGGAGUAUGAUUUCUAAAAUGGCCACCGUCCUUGUUAGGCUUCAAAACGCCUCUUCAGAAACCAAUGGAUGACAUCACUGAGACUACGUCCAUCUAUAGUCUUGGCCAAGAAGUCCCUCCAGUCCACCUGGAGACAUUGUAAGACGAUAGCCGAUGGGUUCCAAGAUUGAAGGUUUUAUGGCAUGAUGUGUAUCACUUGACAUCAGGACAUUUAUGUAGCUGCUAACUGUAUCUGUGAAAAGUCUGUGCUUCUAACUGAACAGAAAACUGAAGGAUUAAUCAAAACGUGAUGAGCUCAAAGACAUCAGCCAUGUUUCCAGAAUAAUUACAGUUAAAUAAGUUUUAUCCACAUUCCUCUCCAACCCACUCAUCAGAGACACAAAGAAGUCAGAUGUCUUGACUUGUGAGUGCAUCAUUUUUCCUGUUUAUAUAAAAUGUAUAGAUUGUUUUAAAGCCGUCUCAAUGAACCGGCCUGAGUUUAUAUAUUUAAGUGACUAUUUAGAAAUGUAACAGACUGAUUACUAAAGAUAAAUUAAUGAAUUGUACAUAUUUACGCUUCUGUGAGGAGUUUUUAGCUGCUAAUUAAACAGACUGAACUUAACACCGAUGUCUCUUCAGUCUAUCAGUGAGAAGAUGCAUUAUUUCUAUAUAAAGGUAUUUUACAUGUUUUUCA